UUAGGUUAUGUUGAUCAUUUAACAGAUCAACACUCAACAACAGAGAUCCGAUUUGGCGAUUUCUGAUUAUUUAAUUAUUUUAAUACUUAAAAUGAACGUAAUUUUUAAAUGCAGAAAAUGUAGAACACCUUUAAUAGACUAUCCUAGCUACAGUCUUGUUAAUGCUCAUGGGCAUUUAAUUCAGUUAGCAUUAAAUAAUAAUUCACCAAAAAUAGAUUUUAUAGAUACAACUGAGCAAAGUGGAAAUUGCGAAGACUCACGCAACCAGUGUUCGUCCUUAAAGCAAGAUGUGUUUUACAUUGAUGAUGUCAAUGUCCCUGAAUGGAUCACUUUAUGUAUUGAUGAGGGGGAUUGGACCAAAGGAAAGCUGAAGUGCCCCCAGUGUACAGCAAGAGUGGGCUCUUUUGACUUUGUAUCAGGAUUCCAUUGUCAAUGCCAGUUAUCAGUGGUUCCCUCCAUUCACUUGGUUAAGAGUAAAGUGGACUAUAGAAUUUCUUAAUGUUCUCAGGCAGACACUAUAACUCUUUUGUAAAUAGCAUACAAUACGAAAUUUGUACAUACUUGUUUGUAAAUAUACACAACUACUGAAUUAUUCGUGUUCUAA